AAUAUUCUGAAUCUGACUCGACGGGAGAAUGAGAAUUUGAUCGUUCCUUUUAAGUUUUUACUAAGGAUUAAUUUAAAUAUACCCAACAAAACUGAAAUUGUGACGUCACAGUCUUUGUGUUAAAUUGACCAUCGCAAAGAACGAUAUUUCCCCUCUUUUCCAUAUAGAUUAUUUGUUUUACUGUGAGAUCGUAUGAGGAGUUCGUACCAUCCCGUGUACAGACACACGCAGAACACAGUGAAGAAGAGCCAAAUUCUGGAGAUGAGGUAGACAUCACACCAUGUUGCGGUUCAAAAUAUUGGACCACAUUUUAGGGCCUGUAGGGGUGUACCAGGGUCUACGGUCUGUUCACGAUGACAACUACAUAGAUCGACUAAGUCACUACUACACGGUCAUCUUUCUUCUGUUUAUGCAAAUCACUGUGGCAACCAACGAAUAUGUGGGGGAUCCAAUCCACUGCUUCUGUCCAACGGAGUUUACCGACAACGAGGUUGUUUAUACCAACUACGUCUGCUGGGUGUCAAACACUUAUCAUAUUCCAUUCUCAAAGCCCAUUCCUGCAAGCUAUGAUGUUAGGAGAAAUGACGAAAUAACAUACUAUCAAUGGGUCCCACUGAUUCUUCUUUUUAUGGCUUUCCUUUUCAAAAUGCCAAGGAAUAUAUGGAAAUAUUUCGCGUACACACAUUCUGGUAUCGGGUUGAAAAAGAUGAUAGAUUUGGUGAAAAUGACACAGAAUGACUCACCCCAGGAUCGUGACAAAAAGCUUCACUCGGUGGCAAAAUUCAUUGAUCUGUGGAUGAGUAAAACAUCUCACCACAGGGCAGGCUGUUUCCAAAGCCACCGCACUAAAGUUGCCACCCAUUUUGAAAUAGGAAUUGGGCGACACUUCGGAAAUUAUCUGGUGUUUCUGUGUCUCUUUACUAAAUGCCUUUAUCUGUUGAACGCUGUUGGUCAGCUUUUCUUUUUAAAUGAAUUUCUGGGAAGUGAUAAGUUUUAUAUCUACGGAUAUGAGGUCAUUCAAUCCAUUCUGACAGAAAAUGACUGGUCAAGAACCCAACGUUUUCCAAGGGUGACCUUGUGUGACUUCGAUCUCCGGCAGAUGACCAAUGUACAGCGAUGGAGUCUUCAAUGUGUUCUUCCGGUGAAUCUCUAUAACGAGAAAUUCUUCAUCUUUCUCUGGUUCUGGAUUACAAUAGUGGCGGUACUUACUCUCUUUAACGUGAUAUACUCCAUACUUCUCAUAGCAGUGCCAAACAACCGCAAAAGCUUCAUUAAGAAAUACCUUAAAUUCAUUGACGCUUAUGACAGCGAUAAUAAGGAUUUAUUUACGCAAAAAUUAACAAAACGAUUCGUGGAAAAAUAUCUUCGCUUAGAUGGUAUUUUUCUUCUGAAGGUGAUCACAGCGAAUACAAAUACUGUCAUGGCGACCGAGAUAGUGCGGAAACUAUUCGACAUUUACCGGAAGAGACAGUUCCACAUGGAAACAAAUGGCGUCUCACAUACAGUACAUGGGUAUGGGGAACCGGAACCGCGUCAUCACAUCACUCCCAUUAAGGGAAACGUCGUGCAUCUCAGUGAAGGCGACGUGCCAAAGACAUAUAUGGAGAGUUUUGUUUGAUUAUUGUGUAUUUUUCGUCUGUUACGUGAUCAUACCAUAAUGUACUGUAAGAUCGAUACACUAGAUAUGUAUAUCGUACAUUUAUGGUAUCAUAGCACGUAAAAUUCUUAAAGUAAUUUAAUACUGCAUAUUGUGUAAGUUGAAGCAAAACUGUAAGGCAAGUCUUUUAACAGUGACAAUAUGGGAGUUCAGUGUAUUGUAUUGUAUUGGACAUUUUUGUUGACAUUUAUCAUAACAGUGAAAAUAUCGUUUUUGUAAUCAAACAAAACUAUGUAUUCCUGUUUCAAAAUUUGCUUUUGUGCAUGAUUAAAAAUCUGUCACGGUG